GCGGGGCGAGUCACACGGCGCGGUCACGUGGCGAGGGAGGGGCGGUCACGCGGCGGUCACGUGCCGCCAUGCUGUCCCGGCUGCUGAAGGAGCACCAGGCCCGACAGAGCGAGCGGCGGGAGCUGCAGGAGCGGCGGCGCAGGGAGGCGAUCGCGGCCGCCACCCGCCUCACCGAGGCCCUGGUCGAUCACCUCAACGUGGGGGUGGCCCAGGCCUACGUGAACCAGCGGAAACUGGACCAGGAGGUGAAGACGCUGCAGGUGCAGGCGGCGCAGUUUGCCAAGCAGACAGGGCAGUGGAUCACCAUGGUGGAGAACUUCAACCAGGCGCUCAAGGAGAUCGGUGACGUGGAGAACUGGGCGCGCAGUAUUGAGAUGGACAUGCGGACCAUCGCCACUGCCCUGGAGUACGUCUACAAGGGGCAGCUCCAGCCCUCCUGCUCCUGAGACCUCCCCGGACCCCCCCAUGGCCACAGCAGCUCCUGGCCCCUCAGGACGCCCUGCCCCGGUGCUGGGGAGGGGGCAGAAUAAAGCCGAAUAAAGCAGAAUAAAGCGGCUGUGCAAAGCGGGGGCCCCCUGGGCUGCCCCCCCUAAGCCUCUUUAGCGCUUA